AUGCAGAGCCUCGCAGACCUUCUGCCAAAUGGACCCGUCCUCACGAUUGAGGAUGGUAAAGUAAUAUAUAAUGGAAGGAGCACGUUGCUAGAGGAUGCGGCAACCACACUUCUUCAUGACCUUGAAAAAGCACCUCUUGGAUUCUUGCUCCUUGAAAACCGAAGCUUUUCAUCUAUGGUCCUUAGCUUUGCACAUCUUCACCAGCCAUUUGCUCAGUCGCUACUCGCUACAGUAUUUGCUCUGCUUUCAGCAGACAUAGUAGACUCUAUGGUCACGACUACCAGUCUGUCACACGAACAGGCAACGGCGAUAACCAUCAACACCAUCUCAUGUUUGUGUUGUACCAUCGCCCAUCAUUUUGACUUGUCAGAGACGGCCCUUGAUCUCUUGAGGGCUCUCGACAGAUUUGAUGGGCACCUAUCCUAUCCACCCAACUUUGUUGCAUCCUUGUUCCGUAUGGGAAUGGCAGAUGCAUGCAGAUCUGGCAUGAAGCAUCAAGAUAAGUUUAUUCGGCAGACAGGCGGGGAUCUAGUGGUGGAGGCUCUACACACGUCUCUUCAGCGGAGCACGUCCAACGAGUAUGUUGCUCAGUUAUACCAUCUACUCGCAGAAGCCACUCUGAGUACCAUCACAAGAGAAGCGAGCCCUUAUCUUUCGCCUAGCCGUGGAAGUUAUGUUUGUGAUUGUCUUAUCGUGCUUCCUGUAGCCGAAUUCAACGCCUUACUCCAGGCGAUCAUUGAUAUCGUGGGUAGCCAACAAAACGAGCUGCUAGAAGGUGGCCUGGCAUCGCUACUCGAGGCACUCGAUCGCCAAGAGGCUAGCUACUUCAACUCCACCACCGAAGCUGUUCUUUCAGAACUGACAUUCCACGCUUCCUACAAGGUGCGUGCCGGUGCAUUGCGUGGUUUGUUCUUCUCUCCUGUGGCUCUUCUUGUCAUGUCUGCAGAAAGGGUGUGUGAUGUCAGCAACGGCGUAAGGUCGGCAGCCUGUGAAUGCAUGACGCUGGGUGCCCUAAAGAUAAUUACAGAUGAUACUGCGGAGCACUCCACCUUAGCAGUAUCCGCACUUCAAAGCUCUGGCCAUAAGAAGGUACGCACCCCACACAACUGGUAUGUCAAGGCAGCCCGAACGCUGGCUUGCAUGCUUAUGGAUAAUACAACACUAGUGAGAAAGGCCGCCUGCAAGGGGCUGGUGUCUCUCCUACAGCACAAUCCUUGGGGUCCAAGCAUUAAUUCUCAUGAGCUGAAGAUUCUCUAUAAUAUUGUAUGCAAGAAGUAUGAUAGACAUCUCUCCUUCUCCUAUGAAGACAAGAUUGAUCUUGCCGUCAGUCUUGCAAUAAGCGUGCUCAACGAAUCAGAAAAUACGGAAGUGACAGAUCGUAACAACGCGCGCAAGCAAGUAGAUAUCGUUGUAUCUGCGCUGCGCUUCGCCCAAAUCUAUGAGGAGUGCCUUCGCCUCAUCCGAUCCCAUUUGGUUUCUACGCAACUCUCUGACUCUGAAGUCUUUAUACUCAUAGAAGCAUGUCUUGAAUUCAAAGUUUAUGGGUCUCUAGAGGCGUGUUGUGAUCUCAUAGCAUUAGCAUCUGCGUCAGGAACCUCGACCGAAGCCUUAGAUAGCCGCGUAUUAACAUCUGUCUUUAGAGUUCUCUUUGAAAACGGGAUAUACAAGUCUGAGGAUAUAGAGGGUAAUACAACCAAGCCUCUAGAGGGCUCCGACCAAUCAUUCGUCAAUGAAUUUGUCAACCGCAUCAUCUUUUUCUAUAGUACUAUCGCAAAUACAUACCCUGCUGAGGCUCAUUUACGACACGACCAGCUCGACCGAACUAUCACAGUGCUUCUUGGUGCCAUUGCCAAAAAUACAGCUAAGCUGACUGUCCCCUCAGCUCUUCAGGACUUAUUGGAUUUCUCACGUGUGACAAUCACAAGGCGCAACAUGAUUGAGAAGCUCCUAACCGGGGUGCUAAGCGAGGUGGACAUUGUUAAAUAUGUUUCGGUGCGCCUUUUGAACAUGUUCACAUCAAUUUACAACCGUUUUUUAGUGAUUUCAUCGGAGACAGUGAUCCGCAUAAUGACGAUCUUUGUCGGAGCACUGCUUUCAUCCAAAAACACAUUAUUUCUAAAGGAAAUGGGCAUCCUCUGUUAUACUCUCCUCUCUGCGGCCUUUUCUGGCAAUAUUUUAGAACCAAUCCUCGUGACAGUGCAGAGUCACGGAGAAAACAUGAAGAAUUCGUUUCUUCAUCUGCUGCAAUCUGUGCACAACUAUAUAGGAAACAACCCCUUCUUAUGCUUUUCGGAAUUUGUUGGAAUCUUGGGUCUUGGAGGAAAAGUGUACAUUGACAAUCUCUCUGGCAUGUUAAUGGCGACAAACACUGUGGCCCACCUCAUUGGAUACACGUCCCUCUACGCAGAGCUGUCUGGUCUUCUCUUUAAUGAGUACAUUCAUAUGCUUGGGAACGAGACUGCAAAGAACACUCUACUCAAUAGCGGGUCAAUAUUUAUGACAGGCCCUAACGUUCCACAUAGCUGCGACGAUAUCAUGGAAGAGUUCUCAGAGCUAUAUGUGGCAGCUGACGUAGCUCUUAACGCGCUAUCUACCAUGUGCGACUCUUAUGACACUGGAGAGAUAGAGGUGGCUAGUGGAGCUGUGUUUUAUAGUCUUAUACUGAAUAUAGGGAAAUUCUGCGCGACGCUACCAUUAAACUUCAAAAUAAAAGAUCCAAAGACAGGAAACCGUCGGUACUUCAUAGAAGCAGCGCUUCUUCUUUUUGUUAAGGCUAUGAAGUUGCCGCGAGAGCACACCAACCAGUCAAAUCCGGCACAGUUUGCAGCAUACAAGUCUCUGAUUUCAUGCGUGAUGACUAACUCAUCUGUUUUUACCACAAAGUUUGCACUGGAGCAGCUCUUCUACCCAUUACUGCAGAACGACUGGCCAGAAUUUCAAGCCACGGGGCUACUACAUCUUACGCAGCUAAUUUCGGCCGAUUAUCUGAAACCAGAGACACACAUACUAUGCGCACUUAAGUUACUAAGCAAUGAUAAUGAUAACGUGUCUUCCAUAGCAGGUAUUCUUUUUGAUACCAUCGCCAAAAAGCAGCCCAACCCCCUCCGUAGCCACAUUUCUGAACUCAUAUCAUCCUUAUUGACAAGCAUGGAGUCUGCUACAGAGGAGGAGUACGAGUUCAUGAUCAAGUACCUCAUAGAUAUGGCUGUGGACGCUAGUAUUGUAAUUGCACUUACGAAGAAUAUUAUACACUUUGCUGACAAAUAUCACACUAAUGAACUGGUCAUAAAGCGUAUCCUGUACUGCGUUACCUACCUACACUCUAAGGUAAUUAGCAAGGCCAGCCCUAACAUCGUAGCCGAGUUUCGUUCUGUGGCCAGCCAGCUCAUGGAGUGGGCUGGCCCUAAUUCUCAGAUCUCUUCUCUACUUCCAGAUGACGUAUCUACACUGUCUUGUGUCAAAGCGUCCCGUAGAAUGCCAAGUAGAAGAACCACAGGAAAAACGUCUCGAAGAAGCACCAAGGGCCUGUUAAAUCUUUCAGAUCUGGAAUCUGAUGAUAGUAUCGAGGACGGAUGGUAG